AACAAGAGCGAGAGAGAGAGAGAGAGAAAAGAAAAGCAAGAGAGCAAGCGAGCUCCUCUAAUGGCGCUCCCAAAACCCUAACCCUAGAAUCCUGAAACUCGCUUGGUUUGGCUCUUGGAAGCCUUCUUGAUUCAUGGACGACGAUGCAUCUCCGCCGUCUCCGGUGAAGCACAAGGUGGAUGCCCUUCAAGAACUUGUCUCCCGCCGCCUUUCCUCCUCCGCCACCCGUCUCUCCGCCGCGUCCCGUUCCAUCCCCUCCGACAAGGAUUUCCAUUUUUACAAUAACUUCCCCGAGUUCCGCCGACCCGCGAGCUCCAUCGCCGCCCGAUCAGAGGCCUUUCUGAAGAGCCUCUCCUCCGCCAAACUUUGGGGCGAGAAGCCUGCGCCGGGGUUGCCUGACGAUCUCGACGACUACUAUGAUUGGCUGGUGAACGUCAACGACGAUAUUCUUGAAAGGUUCUCGGUGUCGAUGGAUGAAUUCAAGAAGUUGAGAGAGAAGCAGGAGGAGGGAGGGAGUUCAACGUUGGAAGACGGUCAAGACGGGUUUCAGCUUGUUUAUGGGAAGAAGAAGAGGGUGACCGGCGGACUUCGCGGUGGUGCAGAGAAGGACUCGAGCUAUGUAGCUUAUGGGGUGAAGGUGGCCUCGAGGGACCAGCAGACGAAGGGGGCGCGUUCCAAGGUGGCGUUCCACAUGCCGAUGAUCACCCGCCCACAAAUCCAGUUCAAUAUCAUUGUGAACAACUCCAAUAAGCCAUUUGAGCAUGUUUGGUUGGAGAGGAGUGAAGAUGGGACUCGUUUUAUUCAUCCACUGGAGAAGCUUUCUGUUAUGGACUUUGUUGAUAGAAAUGUUGGUGAAGGUGAUCCUGUAAGACCGCUUCCUUUAGAAGACACCCCCUUUAAACUUGUGGAUGAAGUGAAUGGAUUAAAAGAAUUAUGUGCCAAGUUGCAGGAUGCUAAUGAAUUUGCGGUUGAUUUGGAACACAACCACUAUAGGUCAUUUCAAGGGCUCACUUGCUUAAUGCAAAUCUCUACACGAGAGGAAGAUUUUAUAAUUGACACGCUUAAAUUGCGAAUUCAUGUUGGUCCAUAUCUGAGAGAAGUGUUCAAGGAUCCGUCAAAGAGAAAGGUUUUGCAUGGGGCGGACUCUGACAUUAUGUGGCUUCAGCGAGAUUUUGGCAUAUAUGUGUGCAACCUUUUUGACACUGGGCAGGCAUCAAGGGUUCUACAAUUAGAAAGGAAUAGUUUGGAGUAUCUCCUGCAUCACUUUUGUGAAGUUAGGGCCAACAAAGAAUAUCAGACUGCAGAUUGGAGACUUCGUCCUUUGCCUGAUGACAUGAUCAAGUAUGCCAGGGAGGAUACGCAUUAUCUCUUAUAUAUAUAUGAUUUAAUGAGAAAGGAAUUGCUGAAGAACUCCACAGAUGAGAAGGACCUUCUGGCAGAGGUUUAUGAGCGCAGCUAUGAAAUUUGCUGGCAACUUUAUGAGAAGGAACUCUUGACAGAUACAUCAUACCUAUAUAUAUAUGGGUUAAAGGAAGCUGAUUUUAACUCAAGCCAAUUGGCUAUUGUUGCGGCAUUAUUCCAAUGGAGAGACAAUGUUGCUCGUGCUGAGGAUGAGAGCACUGGCUAUGUAUUACCAAAUAGAUUACUACUUGAGAUUGCACGACAGAUGCCUGUUUCUUCCAAUAAGUUACGGCGAUUAAUGAGAUCAAAGAACCCCAUCAUUGAGCGGCAUUUUGACUCUCUUGUUAGUAUUAUUAGGAGCGCAAUUCAGAAUUCUGCUGCCUUCGAAGAUGUUUCUGAACAACUGAAGAAAGCACGGUUGGAAUAUUUGGAAGCACAAAAAUUGGAAGCAAAUGGCGGCAACUCUGUACCAACAGAAGCAGCGGAUCAUAUGGAUGUGACCACUGCUCAAGCAGAUGUUACUAGUGCUAAUGACACUAGUUUAAUCCAGUGUGAUGUAGAACAGGCUGUCACUUCUGCAGAUAUUAAGGAUAAUCAAGUAGAUAGCUUCCAUUCCAUACCAUUGCCUAUGACAGAUUGCAUCAUCAGGCAAUCUGAGAUAGCUAAAGCAGCUGAUAGAGAAAAGCUCGAUGACCAUAAAAUUGAGGCUAAACCACCAGCUGCUCAAAUAUCGAGAAAGUCCAGUAGUGCUUUAUCAUCAAUGUUUCGAGCUACAUCUUCCAAGAGGAAGGUUAUGAUUGAUAGUGUUGCCACUGCUGAACAGAGCAAGAACGUGAACAAGGUUGACCAGAUAGAAGCUUCAUUUGUUCCGCCAUUGCAUUCAUUUAGUGGACUGGAGAAAAACACCAGGCAAUCACAUCCAGAAAUGGAUAAUAACACAAGACAAGCACAUCCAGAAAACAUGCAACAAAAUGAUAGUCAGCCAUCCACCGCGACCGGUUUGGAUGAAGUGAUUCCCUUGGAAAAUGAAACGGGGGACUGCCAGAUGGCUGAGAAUAAUCUAAAACACAGGGCAUGGUUUCCUCGGCUCCCGGAAAAUGGCAGCAACACAGACUCUAAGACAGAAACAAGGAUCGAAGAAGCUCCAAUGUCACUAUCAGAACUCUCCUCUAGUUUUCAGCAGUGCUUUAAAUCACUAAACGAAAUGAAAGGUGGCAAACGCAACCAACGGUCCGCCCAGCAACCAGUGAUCUCAAAUCCUCAGUUCAGGCCAUUUGAUUACGCUGAUGCAAGGCAGCAGAUCAGGUUCGGAGAAGGUGGAAGAGCUGGUGAUGAUGCCCGGGGGUCGCAAGAUUCAGUGAGAAGCCGAAAAGGAGCAGUGCGUGGUGGUACUACCACUGCCCGUGAAACGGAUUCACGGGCAAGUGAGUUUCAGCAACCACGGCGGAGGCAAGCAUUUCCGCCCUCAGGUAACCGAAACGCCACUUUUCGCUAGAAAGUGUGGCCCCCUGGGGUUUUUGUAUGUUGUUGCUUGCUUCUCCAUCAAUAUCCAAAUGGGAACAAAUAAUAGUUGGCAUUCUAUUUGUGCCCCCCUUCCCCUGAUAUCCCUUUCAUUUGGUCAACCUGUUCUGCUCGUUGAAGUGGCAGGAUGUGUUGCACAGUGAUUUUUGGCAUGUGGUUUUGGGUUCUUCACAAGGGAAAAUUAAUCAAAUCAGAAGUUUUUUUA